AUGGACAUUCAGACGGACUCUGCAGGGAAUGCCAUGGGUGCCAGCUGGAGGUUGCUGGCAGAGAAAACAAAGAAUUGUGUCAGUCGAAGCCCUGUCAUAGGAGAAGUGCUCUCCACAGCGGACAUGGCCACCGCAGUAACAUGUGGAAUAAUUUAUUGGCUAUUUGGUGGUGCGGUCAGGAAUCUCAGAAGCCCAGCACAUAUAACUAAGUGGCUUCAGCCACUCCAGGAGCAGAAAUACACUGGGAUGUUUGCAAUGACUAAGAGGGGCCAUGGGAGCAACUUGAGAGGGAUCCAGACCGAAGCCACUUGUGACCUCACUGCACAGUAGUUUGUGAUCCACACACCAUGUGAAGAUGCUAAAAAGAUGUACAUCGGAAAUGCCAUGCACAGGAACUACGCUGCGGUCUUUGCCCAGCUCAUUGUGGUUGGACGGUGUUAAGGGCCCCACUGCUUUAUUGUUCCUGUCUGAGACGAAAAUGGAAGCUUGUACCCAGGAGUGACUGUGGUUGAUAUGAUGUACAAAGAAGGUCCACCUGGUGUGGAUAAUGGAAUUUUAAUAUUUGCCGAGGUUCGGAUACCAAGGGACAACCUGCUGGAUCAGUUUGGGUCUGACCCAGAUGGGCAGUACCAUUCCCCUAUUAAGAACAAGAGUGCAAGAUUCAACCCGAUGCUGCCAGCACUGAUCCCUUUGAGAUCAGUGGUGACUUUCCAGGCUAUCGGCGCCAUGAAGGACAUGAUGCUGGAACUGUCACUUUACUGGACCAAAGUCAGCAGUAAAUUCUGCAAGGCUUCCAGGAGCAACAAGCACCCUAACGGGGCCACGGUGCUGCGCGUGCCCGGAAACGCCGCGGUCCCCCUGGGCAGAGUGGCCGCUGCGGAGAGGCUGCCGGCCAUCCUGAAGGGCAAGUGCGCCGCUGCUGCCAGUGCUGCCGCAUCCGUGGAGACUGUGGGUGUCCGGCUUCUUUGGAAGGGCGCGCAGUCCAGCAGCACCCUGGCUCCUGGCCCACAUGACAGCCACCAGCUGGAGCCCUGGAGCAGCGGCCACCUCUGA